GGGCGCGUAUCCCGUUGGGCCGAAACCAAAACCAUCUCUCGGCUUGAAGGAGCUCAUGCUGCUUCCCUCUCUCGCAGCUUCUUCUUCCAAACUCGCAGCCUCUCUCUCCUCCCAAAAUGUCCUUCCCCUGGCUUAAACCCCAUCCCAAAACCCCAAUCGAACCAAAAUCCCACCCCACAAACCCCUUCCUCCCCUUCCAAACUCACCUCUCGGCCGUCCUCGCUUCCCUCUCCAACUCCAAUCCCCUCAAAACCCACCUCGAUUCCGCCUUCGAAUCCCUCGGCAACGCCCUACAAUCUGGCCUCUUCCGCCUCGCCGCCCUCUCGGAUCCCAUCCGGAGCCCCGCGUGGGCCCGGGUGACGCUGCCGCCGCCCCUCGCCGGAGGUGGCCCGGCCCGCCGGUUCGACCUUGCCAUGUCGACGGAGACCAUCGAGGAGCGCCUCGCCGGAGUGCCCGUCUACGCCCUCAGCAACUCGGCGGAGGAGUUCGUUUUGGUGGCUGGCGUCGGUAGCGGGAAGUCUCUGGGUUUGUUCUGCUUCAAGAAGGAGGACGCCGAGGCUCUCUUGGACCAGAUGAGGUCGAUGAACCGGGACAUGCGGCAGGGUUCCAAGGUUGUCGCUCUUGCUCUCAAUAAGGUUUUCCAGCUUAAGGUUGAUGGAGUUGCCUUCCGGUUCAUUCCAGAUUCACAUCAGGUGGCAAAUGCUGUUAAGGUGAAGGAAAAGGCAGGGGGUUCUGUAGAUGGUUUCCCUGGAGUUCCAGUUUUUCAGUCAAAGAGUCUGGUCUUAAGGAGUGGGAACAAGAGAUACCGCCCAUUUUUCUUCAGAAAGGAGGACCUAGAAGAGUCACUGUUUAGAGCUUCACGCCAACAGAAUAAGUUAAAUCCUGCCUUAAGGAUGGGCGACAUUCAGGUUUGUGUCCUGGAGGAAAUUAUCAACACUAUGAAGGGAAGCUCUGCGUCAAAGUGGGAUGAUGUUGUGUUUAUCCCACCAGGUUUCGAUAUCUCAAUUGGUGUUCGGGAAACAGCUCUUGGAUAGGCAAGUUUUUGGGACUUGGACAAUGCAUUGUUGACUUGCUAGACAAGUCCUCAGCUGUUUUUUAAUGAGUUGUUGGGCUCAGCGAGCUUACGAGAUUAUCUCACAUGUAAUUGGUCCACCAGAUUAAUAUGAGUGUGCCCACAAGAAUUCUGAUAGUUUGUCCAUCACAAUUUUGUGAGAUAUGAUGUAAUGUUCCUCCUUCUGCACCAUCAGUAGUUGUCCAUGAAGAUAACAAGACCAUGUAUUAUUAUCAAAAGUCAAAAUUCUUAUUUAAGGAUAUAUUUUCGUGCUCGUGUUUAGCGAGCUUGAGAAUUCACAUUCAUUCACUUGAAUUGAACUUGUGCUCAUGUGUAGCAUU